CCCCUCCCCGGCGGCGGCGGGCGGCGCGGCCCGGUCCGGCUCCCCGCGUCGCUGCGGCCGCGGGCAGCGCGGGGCUCCGCGGGGCUCGGCCGCCGCCAUCGCGCGGGGGAGCGCGGGCGGCCGCGCCGCGGCCAUGGCCACGGUCACGGACACUCCCUGAACUAUAAGUGACAUGCUGGCAAAACUGAACAACUGAUCAUCAGAUACUGGCAUAGUGUUAAACAUGGCUUCUGAGGCUGCUCAAAAUUUCCUUCAGCCACUGUCUUCUUGGAUGUCUCAAAUAUAUGAAGCUAUCCAACAAGCAGGAGACUCUAUAUCUGCGUCACUGCUGAGCUUGAGUGGAGCGGGUCGUAAGUCAGAGGAAGAGCGAAACCGGGACCUGGAGGAUAAUGGAGGAGUUUAUGAGCAUUAUUGUGAGGAAUCAGAAGAUGAAAGACACCUGGACCUGUGGGAUGAGGAAUACUUGCAUCCUAGAGUAAACGGUCACGUUCCACUAACAGGUCCUGGUCUUGCUUUGCAAGCCCUCCCCUGUGGCUCUGAUGUGGGUCUGCAGAGGCAAAAACGGGUUAAAAAUGCCACCAGCCUGCCAGAGCAGUGUGCUGAAAGCACCAGGUCUUUGGCAGCCAACGGAUCCUACUGGACUAAUGAAGAUCUCCAGCCGCUUGAUCAGCUUCCUACCAUUGCGGAGGAAGAAGGUGAGCCCUGCAUGAGGAUGAGAGACCGUGAGCAGAACAUCAGCAUGGGUGGCUCCUUGAAAAGUAAUAAUGGUAAGGCAAGCUUAGCAGUAAACAGUUACGGGGAGGAUGAAGAAUUGACGUCAUCUUCAGACAGCGAUGAUGAGGUGAUUAAGCGUUUUGAGAUCUCUGUGUCACGCUCACAAAGUUUUCGAUCGGGAGUAUCUGAGAAAACAACACAAGCGGGUUUGGAGCAUAGACCCAAAUUCAGCCGCUUGCUCUCCAGCCGUGAGGAGCGCAGUACAGAGGCAUCUGAAUGCGAAGAUCUGGACAGACUAAGCCAACUGAGUUACCAAGACAACCUGUCAUACCGCGAAGAUGACCAUACAUCUACUGAUUCAAGAACAGCAACUGAGAGUAGGGGUUCUGGGCAGCACAGAGGGCUUAGGAUGGAGUCCAGCCUUGCUGAUAACGUUAGCCGGCAAGCUGCGGAAGCACGCUUGGAAAUAGAGAUGGCAUUUACCAACCAGGGAUUUGAAGGAAAUGAUGCUGCUGACAGCUCAUCAGCUUGGAGCCCUGAGGAACAUGAUGAAAUGAACAGCGUACCGGUUCGUCGCAGUGCUCAUGAGCCCAUCUGUAAAUGUGGUGAUUUAGAUGUCAUCUUCAAUUAUAAGGCCUCAAGUCAGAAGCUGGUAGUUACUAUCCUGGAGGCCAGGGAUAUCCCAGACAAAGACCGCAGUGGUGUGAACACCUGGCAAGUGCACACAGUCCUGAUGCCCAGCAAGAAGCAGAGGGGAAAGACAAGUGUUCAGAGAGGACCCAUGCCCAUGUUCAAGGAUAAAAUUACCUUUAGUAAGCUGGAGCCAGAGGAGCUAAGCGGCCAUGCCAUCCGUUUCCGCCUCUAUGCGGUGCACAAGAUGAUUGGCGAGAAGAUGAUGGGAGAGCAGUUGUUCUACCUGAGCAACAUCAGCCAGGAAGGGGAAGUGAAGGUGACGUUGGUCUUGGAGCCAAGGAGUAAUCUGAGUAGUGGAGACUCUCAGCUUAGUCUGACAGCAAUCUCUCACAGUGAUAGCGCUUCUUCAACACAGUCCCUGUCGCAUGGAGGGGUGCCAGAGCUGCUCGUGGGAUUGUCGUACAAUGCCACUACAGGGCGGCUGUCAGUGGAGAUGAUCAAAGGCAGCCAUUUCCGAAACCUUGCAAUUAAUAGGCCACCUGACACCUAUGGAAAGCUCCGUCUGCUCAACUCAGUGGGCCAGGAGAUGUCUCGUUGCAAGACCUCCAUCCGUCGAGGACAGCCCAACCCUGUCUACAAGGAAACUUUCAUUUUCCAGGUUGCCCUCUUCCAGCUCUCCGAUGUCACGCUCAUGAUUUCCAUAUACAACAGACGCAGCAUGAAGCGCAAAGAGAUGAUUGGCUGGAUUUCUAUGGGUCAGAACAGCAGCGGAGAAGAAGAACAAAAUCAUUGGCAAGAAAUGAGGGAAACGAAGGGGAUGCAGGUCUGCAGGUGGCAUACGCUACUCGAAUCCUAAUGGUUACCAGGACACCCCAUAGGUCCUGGGGCUGUGGGCUGCUCUUCCCUCCUCCUCAGCCAGCUGGAAGCAGUUACCUUGUGGCAACUCCUGAGCUCCAAUAGGUCACGUACACUUUAACCUCGCUUUUCAGCCUCAGCAGUCAUGAUGAUUAUAGGUGGCAAGGCCUGGGAGGCAUGUUUAGUUCUUGUUUUUCCAGGUUAUCCUGCAUUUUCCCCAUCCAAAUAACUAACCAUUGGGAAAAGCAGUGGAAAAAUCUACAAAAUCCUCUCUCUGGUCAUUGUCUCACUCAUUUCGUCAUAGGCUCAGUCAUCAUAGACUGAUGCUAUUUUCUUCUGGAAUAAAUUCUCCUCUUCCCUCUUUCCUUGAAUUCAUAUUAAUGAUGUUUGCAAAUAUUCUUGACACGCAGAGAGCUUAUUAGUCUAGCCUGCAUGCAGAUCACACUUCCUCUCCUUUACUAUUGUGUUUCUAAGUCCUAGAAAUGAACAUUUGAUACCACUGCACACUGGAUAGUAUAGCACUACAGAAUUCUCUGUCAACUUCUAAGUGCCUAGACAUUACUACCAUUAUCCUAUACUACCAAUUGAUAUUAUUCAUUAGGACUAAACACUAGCAGUAUUUUUAGUUAGAUAUCCUGUGCACUUGUUAGUCUGUAUUGCCGUAGGUUUGCAUGAAAGAUAGCUAGCAUUAAUUUUUUAUUGUGAUUAUACACUGCAUGUUUAGUUGCUUACUUGAAGUUCAUGGCUUUUGUCAUCAUGAAUACCAAAAAAACCACCAGAACAAGCUGCACAUCCACCUUUGUGCCUAAAUCACUCUUUUCUGCAUCAUUGUUUUAUCUUGUUUAGUAAAAGUUAAGUUCAUUCAGAAAAGCAUUUCUGCGAGUACGACACAGAGAGGUUUUAAAUAUUGCUUCUCAGUGAUUCAGUUAAGCACAACUCAGUUUGCUGAGAGCUUUUCUUUGAAUGUCCUAUCCUGUAAAAUCUUCUGAGGAUCUGAAAAGGGAGCAUUUUUGGCACUGAGCAGUAAAGAGUGCCAGGCUGUGUCACCAUGUCUUUGGGGCAAGCUCUACUAUAGGCAAGGAGUAGGAUCCAGGGGACCAUCUCCUAGGGGGGCUGGCUCUGUUGGGCUAACAUGAGAGAACAGUGCACUUCUUGCCUUUAACUGGACACAACGGAAGGAGCAGGCUUGCUGGAUGAGGUGAUGACACUUUUAUAUAGUUACUUUUCAGACUAUGAUGCCUUUUUCCAUUUUAAUCUUUUUCCCUGUCUCUGCAAGUUGAAGUUGUGGUGUCAAGAGAUAGGAGGACAAGUCAUCUGCUGCUUGACUAUUGAAAGCUUAGCAGUUGUUAGCUGUUAUGAAGCUGCACGUGACACAUCAGAGGACAUGAAUCCUCUAGUGCAGUGGUUGUAUGUAGGCAGUAAGGUGCCAAGAUCUUCAAAUACUAUUAGCUGCCCAGUUUCCCAUUCCCCAUGUUCUCUAGGAGUGGACUGGCAUCUCUUCAUUCAUACUGACGGUAGCGAGGCACAAGAAGUAUCUUGCUGAAAAGCCUUCUCUGUGCUGGACCAUUCCUUGGUUUAUUUUUGUUGUUUACUGAGACCAGGCACCAGUUCUACUUUCCACUUUACCACAACAGCCUCCUUCCCUUCUACAGUGCUGUUCUUCUCACUCACCUGUAUGAAUCCAGCAUCUUUUGUUGCAGUGAGACUGGUGGGAUCCUAUGCAGGAGGGUUGUCCUCCACUGCCUGGGUAAGCUGGCAAAAUAUCUGCUUUGCACUACUGGAGCUUUGCACCACAAAGCAGGAUCUAACCCAAAUAUAACUGCGCAAACAAAUACGUUUUUGACUGCACUGUUAAAGCUGCUGAAUUACCAACAGGAGAGAAAAUGAGCACUUGGGGCAUAUCUAGCAGAAUAGGUCUGAUUAUGUGUUUCUUUAUCACAUACUUUUCUUCUAGGAAAAAGAAAAACACAGGAAACUGCCACAUUCAAAAGAUUCAUUGGCUGAUUUCAGUUGCGUUUUCAAAUCUCUGCAUCCUUUUUCCCUGAACCUCACAAAAUGUAUAUACAAAUAUUUUUAAGUAAUUUUUAUUACGUGAGAUGUCUACGUAUAAUAAACUAAUUGAAAUUCUCUUCAUAACUUCUUGCAUCUGCAAAGUGUCGCUUGUGCUUAAUAUAGUGAUUAACUAAGGGAGAAGUAUAAGUUGAUAAGGUGUUUCCGAAAUGAACUGGAGAUAACCCAAAUUUAUAAUAGUGUGGUUUAAAAAAACACUUCCUGGAAAAGAUCAUUUUAAAAAGCAAUGAAGUAAAAUGGUCUUUAACUUCCAUACCAUUUUCACAUCAAGAUUUGUUCUGAAGAUGGAGCAUAAUGGGAAUUGAAUUUUAAAAUAUAUUUUCAGUGCAGAAUGUAGGAAGUCAAAGGAAAGCAAGAGAAAAUAGCUCAGACUAAGUUAGUAUCUGAGCACAUGUUAUAACUUUGCUCCCAGAUGGAAGCAGGUUACUGCAUGAUUGCAACAACAUUUUGGCCUGAUGUUGUAUGAGAGAAAUUUGGAGGGAAAGGGGAUGAGGCAAGGGGAGCGGUGGUCUUGCAGAGCUGCUGUUAAACCUGUUAGCUCCUCCGAGCCUUGAGCGAUGUGUUCGUGAGGUUUGUUAAGUCCUGCUGAAGCACGGAGGAACUCAGCAGUACUGGCAUGAACACAGCAUUGGGGUGCUUGUGCCUGCUGGCUGUUUUGGGGGGUUUUGUUGCUGUUGUGAUUUGUUUUUCUUCACAGUUUGGACUAUUUCUGAAAUGAAGAUGGUUUUCUAGUGGCUCUCCCAUAUUCCAGAGUUCCCAUAAUUCUUCCCAUUGAUGGACUGAAUUAGUCAUUGCUAAUAUUGAUUCAGGCUGGGCUUGUGCUCAUGGUCUUUAUUAUGUAAAUACUGCUGCCCUUUCAGUCACUGCUUUAACCCUUUGUUUCCUUUAGAGGAGCUGAGAAGACUGAAUUUCCAGAAGUAUUCCUUGGAGAUCGUGACUCCCAGCUGGCACUUAGCUCUUCAGCAGUUAAUAGGCUCAAGUCUCUGUGCUGUGCCGGCCUCUGUCCGCAGGGACGCCGAUGCCUGGUCCCCGCUUCCGCAGCGCUCCAGGUGGGGGAAGAGCCGGGGGCAGAGGCGUGGGAUGCUCUGUGAGCCAGAAGGCGAAUGCUGGGAGUGCUCAGCCACGUGCAAGUGCAGAUUUCUUAUUGCACUCGUGUUUUCAAAGAUAAUUCAUCCCCCUUUCACACUCCUGCCUAGGAUCCCCUUUUGGCUUAUAUGAGUUUUCUUUUCUUGAGGGGAAAAGAAAACCUCCCCAAACCCACAAAACCAUUGUGUGGGAAGGACCUAAUUGCACUGGCACAGUCUUCUCAGCCAGAAUAUUGUGGGCAAGUGCUCUGGAAACAUCUCCAUAUCUUGAACAGCAUCUUUUAGCUAGUUGCGGUCUGUUCCUUCCUUGGUCUCUCCCCAGCCCAAACACCCCUGUCCUGCUAAGUGCUCUGCUGCUGUAUUAUUUUUUGGUUUAGUGUGUAUUGACAACAGAACAGAAUGAUUUCAUGGCGUUUAUUUUCUCUGUAAUGAUGCUGAUUUUCGAGCGAUGCCCCCACAAAUGAGUACCUCUUUUAGCCCACUGAGCUACAGCUCGAGCUAACUGAACUGUCCAUUUGAAAAGGCUUUCUCUGGGCUGCCUGAUGCACGGUCUGAUUUGUUUGGGUUCCUUUUUACUAGCGUCUUUAAUUACGUGGACCCUGCUGUGGCCUGCUUCACCCCUGUCGUUGGGGAUCGUCCGCGCUUCGCUGGCGGCUGCUGUGCUGUGCGGUUCCAGGGGUGGGAGCACAAUGCUUGCAGGUAUUUUCAGCAGCAGCAGAUCCUGAGAAGUAACUUGGUGCUUUACAUUAUUGACUGAUCUUCAGUCAGUAAUGUUUUCAGAUGUUCUUGAACUCGAAGAACCAAAUGCUGCCAGCUGCGAUUGAUUGCUGCUCCAGCAUAAAGCCUAAGGUGUCAGCUUGGCAGAGGAGCAGGCGUUUCCUCUGGUGGCAGUUCAUUUUCUCCAUCAUUUAAAGCUGGGGAUGACCUUGGAGCUCGCGUGCCUGCAGAGUUUUUUUUCCACUCCCAUAUUUAUCAUCAUCUUUAAUCUGUAUGAUCGCUGUGCUUCAUCCCUCUGCCUCUCAGCUACCUCCUGCCCUUCAGCACAAAAGAUGGACAGAAAGGCUGAGCAAAGGCCUUCCAUAUUGCAUUAUCCCGGUGCUCAAGGGUGGCUGGCUCCUUGUGGAGUUAUUUUGAAGGUCUGAUACUCAUUUUCAAGACUUUGCCUUUGUGCUCCUUAGUCCGCUUGUAGAGUUUGAACAUUGUUGGUGGGCUGUGAGGCUUGGUGUCACUAUUUUGUAAACAAUCCAUUCAACUCAGCGUGGACAGUUACAAUAGAAGAAACACCCCGCUUUGUAUUUGCUCCUUUUUCAUAAGCCCCAUGUUCUAUGAAAGGACUAGAGAGCCUGAAGGAAUUAGCAGGAAUUAAUAUGCAGGAGCAUUCCCUUUCCAAUUUGCUAAGUGUGAUGUUUGCAACUAUGGUUUGAGAGGGGGAAAAAAAAAGUCGGGGUUUGUAGAAGAGCUCACACCUUUGAGUGAGGUUUUCCCUUUCAGCAUGCACCACCCAGCAAGUACUUCCUCAUACGCCAGACAGUGAUGCUGUCUUCAGGCUGAUCUUUAGUGAUAAAAGCAGCCAGAAGCUGAGAGAUCUUAAAGCUUGGAAGGGCAUAGAGGAUAAUUCAGUAGAGCUGAUUUGGGUCUUUAUUUGGAAUUUACUGCAGAUUUAACAGGCUGUUGUGCAAGAAAGGAAGGCAGCAAGUGGUGGCUGCGCAGGCUCUUGGUGCGUUUGCGCUGCUGUGGAGUUGUGAGUUUGCUCUGUCUGCCCCAGAAAGGAGCACAGCUGGUUUCGGUGGCAUCAGGCCUGAGCUGAAACCCAGCUUCUCAGCGUGAUCUCCUAGCUCCAGAUCCGCUGAAGUCAUACAGCUUUUUCUUUUUUUUCCCUCCUCCCUUCAACAUAGAGUGAGCUCGUGUCUUCCUGCAGCCUACGCUGUAGGCCUGAAGAAAUGAAUGUGUAAAUAUUUUGUCUCUCACAGCAGCCCAAGGUCAUCUUUCUGGAACAGCAAACAGGCACAGAAUCCAAAGAAGAUCAGUCCGUCAUGUGAGUAAGGUUAGCAUCUGCAGUUACAAAUGACAAAGGCUAUUAAUCCUCAUGCUGUAAUCCCCAAGCUGUUUGCCAGCUGGCAGCAGGAAGAUGUUCCUGCUCAACCCACGCAGUUAUCCAUGUUUUUUCACCUUUAUGAAGCAGACACAGGUCAGUACUGUAGGCUGGAUAAAGAAGUUCGUAGAUACCAUUCAUCUCUUCUAGUAUUACAAGCCCUCUCUUCUCCAAACAGUGCAGCAGAGGGUGUAACAGGAGAGCUGCAGGCUGUGCUCUGUCUGCUGGUCCCCCAAAACAGAAGGUUGAGGGUGUGAUUUGUUCCCCCCCCCCCCCCCCCCCGCCCCGCGUUUCUCCUGUGAGGAUAAAUUUUGAGAUCUGGCUGCAGAGCCGAACAUCUUAAAUAACGCUCUGUCACUAGAGGGGUUUUUACACGCCGAGCAGGGGAAACCCAGUGCUUGCAUAGGGCGGAUAAAAGCCCAGUGUUCAGACAUUUUCGAUCCUUAUAUGGGAACCUGCAUGGGGAUUUGGGUAUUUGCCUUGUCCCAAGGACAUGCAAAACCUGAAUCCUACAGUUUGCCACUGAUGAAAAAGAAGAAAGAUAGUGCCAACUGGCAGUGAGACAGGCUAUGGUAACCAGUAUGAUCUUGCACAGCAAAGAAUGGAGUAGUUGCCUCAUUGCAUCCAGUAAGUGAUUAGGCAGCUGAGCCUAAUGCAACGGAGAGUCAAAAGCCAGACAGAAACAAGGAAGAUCAAUUCAAACAUGCCAAUUGCUCGUCGCUUUGGAAAAUUGGAAAGUAGUAUCUUGGGUCUUACUUAACAAAAGUAUGGUUUAACAAAAAUCACAGCUCCUGGAGAACCCACAGGAACUAAGAAGUGAGGACAUAGCAUUCUGGCUCAUAAAUUUCCUCCCAGUUAGCAGAUGAGCAUCAAACAGAUACCAGAUACUCUGGGGGCACAUCAUACCCAGUGUGGGCUGAUCUAGUGUAGUAAUGAGAGAUGAAGACCUGUUCUUGGCUGUAGAUUUUGCAUGACAGUGUUCAAAGCUGGACAGUGCCCUCUGCGGACCAUAACCAAAAGGCCGGGCCUGUGGGUCUGUGACUCCUGGGACAGAGGUGCGUGAGCGUGGUUCCAAGCAGCCACAAAAACACCACCUCUUGGUGCUACCAAACCAGACCUAGCAGUGGAUGGCAAAUUAGGCACAACUCCGCCAUCUUCCCUGAAGUUUGACUCUGACUCCAGGGACGGAUUUGGCUUCAAAUUGCUAUUGUGGUCAAGAUCUUGCUCCAAACAGUUCUUUGGGGAUUUUCUUCAGCAGUUUGCAGUAGACUGUGGCACUCCUGGGACAUUUUACCGAGAUCUGAAUCUUAACCGAGUUACCCUGACAAAUUUGUCAUGGUACUUAAGCGCACGAAGAGAUCCAGAGGCAAAAAAGGACAAAAGAGAAGGGAACUGUAAUGUCCUGAAAAGAGCUUGUGGAGGAACAUUGCGUGCAACUUAGAGCAAAUAUAAUACUUCAUGUUUUUACCAACACAGACCCAAACUUCUUACUACCUUGACUUCCAUGAACUAAAAAAAGAAAGCUGAAUCUUUCCUGAAUCCCACUAGCAUGAGCCUUGAACUUCAGUGAAGACAUUUGAUUGUGCCAAGUAAUUCCCUUUCCAUUUCUCAGACUCCCAAGAACAUUGCAAAUUUCUCUCCUCAUUAGCAGCAGGGAAAAAUUACUUAAUUUUGCCAGCUAUCCUCAUCCCGGUUGUGUCUUGUUAACAGGUGCUUUUCCUUCACGCUCUCUCCACCAUCACAUCUUCCAUAUCCUUUCAUUAAUAUCUGUAGAGAUCUGCCCCAAGUCAGGUCCGUGUCUGGUAGCAAUAUUUUAUGUUCAUGGUGCUCAGGAGAAAACCUGUUCUCCAAUCUCUUGCUGUCACUAUGUGGCAUCUCAAGCACAAGUUUUCCAAUUAGACCAGUACCACAUCCUUCUCGUAAGCCUCUGCUGUCACUGCUCUGUCUUUUGCUGGGCUGCAAUCUCUACUGUAACUUCAUUGACAUAGAGGAAUCAUCCCAGCAGAAAAUUUUGUCUCCUAUUCGUCAUGAAAAGAACUCAUGAAGAAGUAAUCAUUUGGUAGACUUAGCAUUUAAAUACCAUGUUGCAUUUGUAUCUGUAUAUACAAAAAUCUUUUUUAUGGUAGAGUGCCCCAGGCGUUUGCAUGAAGCACAUUUCAAUGUAUGUUUGACUGCUGGUUUGAGUGUACUGUAUAUAAUAAGUUAUUUUCAGGGCAUAUUGGCCUAUUUCUGUAUCGGAACAGUAUACUGUUUCUGGCAGAUGUAGGUUUUUGUUGUCUUACUGUUGCAUUUACAGCUGGACACUGGAGAUGCACUGGCUGGUGUGUGUGUGUGUGUGUGUGUGUGUGUGUACACUGUUUUUCUUCUGUGCAGUACUUGGCUCGUUUUGGGAUGUGUUACGGGGCUUCACCUCCACCAGCUUGUGGGUGAGCAUGCCUAGCUGGUGGUGUGCAUUUCUACAGGAUGGCGUUGUAGGCCCACUUAGGGCAUCUCCUGGUGUUUAGAAGAAUAAUGAGCCUUUAAAGUUUUUUCUUUCAUUGCCAUCAUGUGCUUAACACAGACCACAAGCAGGCAGCAAGCUGACUGGCAUUCUGAGUAAUUUGGAGACCAACCUUUGGCUAAGGAUGCAUCAAGAGUAAUAUAGAUCUUGGUACUCCUUUCCCAAGCUGAGCUAUACAAGCACACAAUAUGUCUUUAAACUGAUUGCUUUAAAUAAUAACAAUGCAAACAACUUAAUAAAAAUGUCAGGUCUCUAACUUCUGUCUAUGUAAAAACAAGUCUUGUAGAGCUUGAAUUUAUUGCUGAAUUAUUUUUACAAUAAACAUGUCUACAAAAGGAAAAUUGUUCAUACUGUGAAUAUUAUAAGAAAUAAAUUCAGAUACCCUUUUCACUUUUGUAAAGUUCAAAGAUUGCACUGAAAAUUGUAUCUUCUAUCUAGUUAAUAAAUGACUGGUAUUGACUGGCAAGGCUGCUGGAAUGGUAUGACCAUCAUUUUACUUGCUGUGCGCAUGAUUGAAAGAAUUAUCUGAAGUGCAAAACUGUGAUAAAAAAUAUGAAGAUAAAAAAUACGAUGAAAAGAUGUUUGGAUAUUCAACAAGAGUGAUAUGGGUUUAUUCUUAGCCUUUCAUGUACUUGACAAUGAAAUAUUUUUAUUCUACUUAAGUGCUAACGUGCAUGAUCAUACAAUAUAUUGCCUCUUGCUAAUUAUAUGCUGCGUUAGGAAUACUAAUGUCUAGAUGAUAUCUGACUGGAAAAAAAGCAUUAAACUCAGCUUCUGCAGAGUUCUGUGCUGAAAUUAUCCAUACGUGCAUAUAACCAUCCACACCUUAGAGCAGUCUUAUUUUGUUAUGGUGAAUGAUGUUAUUACUGUUUUUUAUCAAUAAAAUGGAAGCAGGUGGCUCAUGCAGACAUGCAAAAA